UGUGAACCGAGGUAGCUCGCCCGGCCUAGCCCGGCCCGGCGGUCUCCAGCUCCGUGUCUCCUCAGCCCGCCGCCAUGUACCUUACGGCUCUGCUCCGCCGCGGUCGCAUUCCGGGCCGAAUGUGGAUCGGGAAGCACCGGCGGCCGCGGUUCGUGACCUUGGAGGCGAAGCAGAGAAUGAUCCGUCGCCUGGAGAUCGAGAGCGAGAACCACUACUGGCUGAGCAUGCCUUACCUGACGGCGGCGCAGGAGUACGGCCACGCCGCCGAGCGCAGGGCCAAGGCCUUUGAGGCCAUCAAGGCGGCCGCCACCUCCAAGUUUCCUCCGCAUAGAUACGUCGCAGACCAGCUCAGCCAUCUCAACGUCACCAAGAAAUGGUCCUCUUAACCCGGAAGCCUGCACUUCCAUUCUGUUGGUUAUGGGUUGCCGCCUUGCCCUAGAACUGAAAAAACAAAACUGUCACCACGUGAGCCUCCAGACCAGAGUCUUAUUAAAACAAACAUGACCCUCUUUGUACGAAACAAUUAUAACAAUAAAAUUAUGUCGAAAUUUGGGGCUCUGAUAGCCCUCAUACUUAAACACAUGCUGCUGCUGUGGCUGCUUUGGAGGGAGGGCUGGUAAAGUAUCUGGCCCACAGGUGUGAUAUGAAACGUUAUUUUGAAGGAGCGUGGCAAUUAAAAACCAAACUUA